GUCGGGAUGGAGCAGCAACUCUUGGAAAGAUUCAUAACCGGAGGGGUCAGGACGGUGUCCAUGGCAGCCUACGCCGCCACUCAACCGGGUCAACCUCUCACAGACAAGGAGGUCUCCACUCUAUGCACGAGUCUGGGGCAGGACAACCCCACUCGUGCGCAAUUGACGGUCGUCAAGAGGCUCCUGCUCGAGUGCCGGACCAUGAGUCUGGCAAAUUUGGAGGCCACCGUGGGACAGCAGCCGGACUCAGUUCUACGUAAGCUGCCAGGAGCUGAGAGAGCCCAGCGCCUGGACUUGCAGGCUCAAAGGAAUUGGCGCAAGGCAAGCCAGCCAAGGAACUUGUGCUGGACGCUUCGGGGGACGGCCUCUCGGUUCAGGAUAAAUCCCCUAAAGUGGCGGCCCAGUUGGGGUCAGACAUGGCGACUUACAGAGCGUUGCAAAGACGGGGUCUGGCCUACGACCUCGUUGGCGUGUUCCAAGGCGCACGAGAAACGGCUUCAGAAGGACUUUGAUACCUUGCAGACCCCAGCGCCCCCAGGCUUCAACCGUCCGACGCUGCAGCAGGUCCUGCGAGCAGAUCGGGCCUUGUGGAGGGAGCUUGGCAGCAAACAGCCGACCCUGAAAAGGGCAGCGGCGAAGGUGCCGCUCGCGGACGCCCGGUGCUUAGAUCAAGUCUUCCUGGAAGCCACAAACACGGUUGCAGUCAAUUUUCACUUCAUGCCGCGAGUCACCCUGGCGCGAACAGGUCUGGACAGGCGGUCGGUCGGAGUGGACAAAGUCCGCAGGCCAAGCCUCAAGGGCAAGAUAUUACAGCUGGUCUUGCUCCUGCUGUCGCACAGAGGUCUGCUGUGGAAAUGGCUGGGUUCCCCAGGACUGGCCGCCGUAUGGCUGGCGCCGCCCUGCGGCACAUCCAGCAGGGCCAAGGAAAUCUAG